AUGAACAAGAAACUUCAAUACCCUUGCCUCGCAAAGCGAUAUUUCUCAACUCCAAAUAGUAACAAUGAUAAACCGGCAACAGCAACCACAACAACAGCAGGCUUGAGCGACGUUCUUGUUGCUGCUGCCACUGCUGGAUCCUCAGAUACUGGUACUUCUGAGGAAUCAUCCGAAGAAACAGCAACUACUUCUACUACAACUACUGCUGCUGCUACUGCUGGAUCAACCACCAAUUCCGUUGUUGCUGUCCCCUCCUCUACUACUCAAACCAUGAUGGACGUUAAUUCUGAUCAUCAAAGUGAUUACUCUUCUGAUGAUGGCACUGUAAAGGCUUCUCGUGAAUCAAGUCCAGCAUGGAGAGUAGUUCCCGUACAACCUACCUCCUCCCAUCCACUUCCUUUGGUUCAUCGUGUUGAUAUCCAAUGGAAGACUAGAUUAGAUCCAUUUACUACCUACUUAGACACCUCUCUUUAUAGCCCAAUUAUUUAUCAAUUUGAGCAUGAAUUGGAACUUGAAAAUCAUCAACAUGCUAUUAUUGUUGUUAGACCAUCCGUUGUUUAUGAUGACAAUCAAGAAGUUCAAGUAUUGAAUAAGAACGGUCAAGUCGUCUUGAAAGGAGAUUUAGAAAUUGCAAUGACUGCUCAAAAGAGAAAUGCUGAAACAACUAUUUUCAAGGGACACUCCAAGAUUCAAUUCACUGACUCAUCUUACCAUCACGAUAGAAAGGCUUUCAGAUUGGUUUGGAAGUAUUACACUGUUCAAGAUACUGAAAAAUUAAUUUAUUCGACUAUUUCCACACCAUUCAGAGUUUUUGCAAGAAAGCCAACCAAGAAGGAAAAGAAUGAAGCAACUACAUCAUCUUCUGCUUCACCAAACUCUUCUGUUGUUGCCACUUCUCCAACCCAACACAAUAGAAAGAAGAGAAAGGAGAUUGAACCUGUUCAAGUACCAACUCCAGUUCCAACUUUGGUUGAGCCUUUGGAAUCAUCUACCAAGAAGGUUAAGCGUGAUGCUAUUCAAGGAGAUGAUGAUGACAUCAGUGCUUUGAAUAUUCGUGCUGUUCCCACUAUUGUAAAUAGUGUUGCUACUGCUGUUGUUUCUCAUCUCAUUUCUCAAAAAGAGAAUCCAAAUCAAGAUCUCGUUUUGGAACUCUUCAAGACCCUCAAAGAUAUCAACAACAGAUUGGAAAGACUUGAGAAGUUGUCAAAUCCUCAAAACCCCACCCCCUCUUCUAACCAUGCUGACAUGAUGGAAACAUCAUCAACUGCUUCUGUUGCCAACCACCAUCAUGUUCAUCGUUCAAAUUUGCAACAUGUUUAA